AUGCCGCAUCUGUAUUCCCAUGCUGCGCCAUUGCUCUCUGCACCAUCUGGAGUGCUCCUGUUUGGCCCUCCAGGCUGUGGAAAGACCAUGCUUGCAAAGGCUUUAGCUCAUGAAAGCGAAGCUUCGUUCAUCAACCUUCACAUCUCAACUAUGACAGAAAAGUGGUACGGUGAUUCGAACAAAAUAGUUCGUGCCGUCUUCUCCUUGGCACGUAAAAUGCAACCGUCUAUUAUAUUCAUUGAUGAAAUAGAUGCGGUGCUAGGAACGAGGAGGAGCGGGGAGCAUGAGGCCAGCGGUAUGGUCAAAGCUGAGUUUAUGACGCUAUGGGACGGCCUUACGUCGGCCAAUGCAUCGGGGAUGCCAGCUCAAAUCGUCGUCCUAGGGGCUACAAACCGCAUACAUGACAUCGACGAGGCAAUUCUGCGGCGCAUGCCCAAAAAGUUCCCUGUGCCUCUUCCUGGCCGUGCACAGCGACGCAAAAUAUUGCAGCUCAUUCUGCAAGAUACAAAGUUUGAUGAAGAGAAUUUUGAUUUAGACUACGUCGCGAAGAUCACUGCGGGAAUGUCAGGCAGUGACAUCAAAGAAGCUUGCCGUGAUGCAGCCAUGGCACCUGUUCGGGAAGUCAUGCGCCAGUACAGGGGCGAGGGACGGCGAAUGGCUACAAUCGAUUCUAGCCAAUUUCGCGGUAUUAGGACCGAUGAUUUUCUUGGCAAUCGAGGCGGCCAUAUAGAUAAACUCGAUGUCAAGAGCGCCAGAGAUAUGGCAGGCAAGAGAAGAAACCAGACUCGAGGCAUUAGUGGCGAUUAUGAGGAUGUAGAUGAACUCUUUGUUGAAAGCCAGGAUUAG